UUUGCUGUAUUCACCGGCCCACUUCACGAUGAAGGCUGUGCUUUCCCUGGCCUUGUUCUGCGUCGCCAUUGCCCUGGCGUCUGCUGGCCUGCACCACGGCGGUCUCGGCCUUGGUCGCGGAGGCUUUGGCGGAGGAUACGGUCUGGGUGGUGGUCACGGUGGCUUUGGAUGCGGUGGCCUUGGACAUGGCGGUCUUGGUGGCGGCUACGACCUGGGUGGCCUCGGAGGUGGUUUCGGACAUGGAUACGGUGGCAACUACGGAGGAAGCUACGGUGGAAGCUACGGCGGCUCCUACGGCGGUAACUACGGUAGACAGUACCGAGGACACGGCGGUGGAUUUUACGGCUAA